CACUCAUUAAUAAGUGAUCCCCCUGGGAAGGAAGCUCAGUCUGCAGGAGGCUGUGCUGGAGAAGGGAGGUUGGUGGCCAUCAAUCACCUGGCCUGGGAAGACAGAGAGGAGGAGGAGGAGAAGGUCCACAGAGCAGGGAACAUGGCGAGGAUGUGGGAUCAGCAGCAGCAGCACACCAUCCUCCCUGUACAGCUCCAGAGAUUCCUAUGUUUCCUCUCCGUCUCCAUCAAAUGUGCGCGCUGCCAGAUGAUACCGGCCCCCACAGAUCCCCCGAAGCAGAAGCCGGACCCGGUGAACUCAGAGACGGUGGUGUUCUGGGGACUGCGGCUGUGGCAAGUGAUCGGCGUCUUCUCCAUCUUCGUCCUGGCCGUCAUCAUCACGCUGUGCUGCAUUUUCAAGUGUCGCAUCCCCCGGACCAAGAAAGAGAUCGAGGCGCGAUACGCGCAGCGCCAAGCUGGGAAGGAGUACGCGGACAAGCUGGAGACGGUUCCGCCAUUAAAUGAGCUCACCGACGUUCCCGGAGGUUCCUCUAGCAGUCUGCAGACCCUCUCUGGUCAGAUCCAAUCACGGGCUCCCCGGGCUCUCGCUGUCGUCAAAGAGGAAGACGAGAUGGUCCUUCAAGGGAAUCAAUGACCCCGCCUCUUCUUCUCUUCCCAGAUCCCUCUCUCUUCUUCUCUUCCCAGAUCCCUCUCUCUUUUUCAAUCUUUUAUUUCUACUGUUCGUAACAUUAUUAUUAUUUUAUUGGUGCCAAAUCUCUUACUUUUUUUUUUUUAAAUGAUAUUUGUUUCAAAUCGAAUGAAUAUUGAUGUAAAUUCCAAACCUAUAUUUGUAUGUCUGGUUCACGUAUAAAGAUCUGGAUGGUGAUUUGAAAAAUA